AUGUCGUUGUCAAAAAAGAAAGAGGAUGAAAAGGAGAAAAAGUUUCUUGGACGGCUCUCCUAUAAAUUAGACUAUGAUUUCGACAAAAACGCCCUGACAGUGGUCAUUAUACAAGCCGAAGAGCUACCGGCUAUGGAUCUAGGUGGGACCUCAGAUCCCUACGUCAAGCUAUUUCUUCUUCCCGAUAAAAAGAAGAAGUUUCAAACGAAAGUCCAACGAAAAUCACUGAAUCCUGUAUUCAACGAGAGCUUUACAUUUAAGAUCCCAUACAACGAAAUUGGCGGGCAAACAUUAGUGUUGAAUGUUUUCGACUUCGACCGAUUCGGAAAACACGAUCAGAUCGGUCAAGUUUCCGUUCCUCUCGGCAAAAUCGACCUCGCGGCCACGAUCGAGAAAACCGACCUCAUCGAGAGCCCGCCGGAGAAUCGCCUUGGAGAAGUCUGUGUAGCUUUGCGUUAUGUUCCCGGCAAGAACAAGCUUUCCGUUGUCGUCAUGGAAUGUAAGAACCUCAAAAAAAUGGACGUCUUAGGAUUGUCAGAUCCAUAUGUGAAGAUUUACUUGAUGUUGCAAAACAAACGUCUAGAGAAGAAAAAAACCACAAUCAAAAUGAAAACAUUGAAUCCAUAUUACAACGAAUCGUUCAGUUUCGAUGUGACACCAGAGAAAAUGCAGAGGGUACAUCUUCACAUCACUGUCUCUGAUUACGAUCGAGUUGGCUCGAAUGAAAGGAUUGGACAAGUAAUAAUCGGUCCGAACGCGACAGGGGCAGCACUGAAGCAGUGGACAGAUAUGUUGGCCACACCAAGGAGGUCAGUGGCACAAUGGCACACCUUGAUGCCGUUCAACGACGACUGA